GGCAUUUAACCCCCCUGUCCCUGCAGUGGCCCAGAUGCGCCCGGCUUGUGAGCAGAUCUACAACCUGUUCCACUCAGCUGACCCCUGCGCCUCGCGCCUGGAGCCCCUGCUGGCCAAGGCCUUCCACGCCGUGCCCCCCCUGGGCGUACCUCGCUACCAGAAAUACCCGCUGGGCGAUGGCACCUCUGCACUGCUGGCUGAGGCCCUGCAGAUUCAUUCCACCCUCUUCCUGGGCGACUUGGAGCUGACGGCGCCCACCACCCCUACCAGCUGUUUUGGGGGCUUCUGGAGAGGCAGUGAGACAGGAGAGCCUCCUGCUCCCUCCAGCACCAAUGAGGUCGUCAAGAUCCUGGAGCGGUGGUGGGGCCCAAAGCGCAUUGACUACUCCCUGUACUGCCCCGACGCGCUGACCGCCUUCCCCACCAUCACCCUGCCGCACCUCUUCCACGCCAGCUACUGGGAGUCCUCCGACGUGGUAGCCUUCAUCCUGCGCCAGGUGAUCGAGAAGGAGCGCCCCCAGCUGGCGGAGUGCGAGGAGAGCUCCAUCUACAGCCCCGCCAUCCCCCGCGAGAAGUGGCAGCGCAAGCGCACGCAAGUGAAGAUCCGGAACGUGACGUCCAACCACCGAGCCAGCGAUGUCAUCGUGUGCGAGGGGCGGCCCCAGGUGCUGAGCGGGCGCUUCAUGUACGGCCCCCUGGACGUGGUGACGCUGACCGGGGAGAAGGUGGACAUCUACAUCAUGACGCAGCCGCUGUCGGGGAAGUGGCUGCACUACGGCACCGAGGUGACAAGCAGCAGCGGGCGCCUAGCCUUCCUCAUCCCGCCCGACAAGGCGCUGGGCAUCGGCAUGUACCCCGUGCGCAUGGUGGUCAGAGGGGAUCACAGCUAUGCCGAGGCCUUCCUGACGGUGGUGGCACGCAGCACUGAGGCGGUUGUCUUCAGCAUCGACGGCUCCUUCACGGCCAGUGUCUCCAUCAUGGGCAGCGACCCCAAGGUGCGGGCAGGCGCCGUCGACGUUGUGCGGCACUGGCAGGACUCGGGGUACAUGAUCAUCUAUGUGACGGGGCGGCCCGACAUGCAGAAGCACCGCGUGGUGGCCUGGCUGUCGCAACACAACUUCCCGCACGGCGUCGUCUCCUUCUGCGACGGCCUCACCCACGACCCCCUGCGCCAGAAAGCUGCCUUCCUGCAGAGCCUGCGCACCGAGGCAGAGGUCACCAUUGUGGCUGGCUAUGGCUCCACGAAGGACAUCUCGGUCUACAGCUCCCUGGGGCUCUCGCCCACCCAGAUCUACAUCGUCGGGCGCACCGUCAAGAAGUUCCAGAACCAGUGCCAGUUCUUGUCCGAGGGCUACGUGGCGCACCUGGCCCAGCUGGAGACGGCAUCGCUGGCACAUUCGCCCAAGGGGGCACCGCGGCCCACGCUGGGCAAAGGCACCUACGGCUGCCCCGCCCCCGUCGACUUCCUGCGCAAGCAGAGCCAGCUGCUGCGCUCGCGGGGGCAGAGCCAGGCGGAGCGUGAGGGGGGUGCCCCGGCACCGCCCCGCGCCAAGGCCCGCAGCAUCAGCCUCAAGCUAGAGAGCGAGGAGUGAGCCCCCCGCGGCUUCGCGGCCUGGAGCGAGCGCCGAGCCCGCACGAGGAGACGAGGGCGCCCGGCACGGAGAGGGAGCUCCCGACGGGACCACGCGCUGCACCGCUGCCCCGGCACGGGGCGAGAACUGUGCGUGGGGGCCCGAGGAGCCCCCCAGCACUGGGCAUGGCCAGCCCCCCAUCCCCCUGGGCUCCCCUCCCCCACCCACAGCCCACUGCUCUCUUGGGCAUGGCCUGCCUGUCACCCACAGCCCCCUGCUUCCCCAGCCCUGGGGUCCCCUCCCCUGCCCACAGCCUCCCCCCACCACUCCCCGAGCCCUGGGUCCCCCCGCCCUCCCCCAGCUCUGCUGGUGCCGCUCAGUCCCAACCCACAGACCUCUGCCAGCCCAGCCCUGAGACCCCCUUGUUGCCCAUGCUGCUCUGUCUGGGAGUCUGUGACUGGGGUUCCCAAGGGAAGGGUGAGUCGCUCCUGGGAAUUAGGGGGUUGGGCCUCUCCACCCUGCCCCCCAUGCAAGGCCUAGAUAUGGCACGUUUGCCCCUGGGCCCUGCUGUCCGCAUCACAGCGACUGGGAGGUGGGGCCAGCUGCCCCUGUCUCUGGGCAGCCCCUGUACCCCGCAGCCUGCAUGACCCAGCCCCCCUGCACAGAGACCCCACCCAUGCACCCAGCCCCGGCUGUGUCCAGUAUGAUGCUGGAUCCCAGAAGCAGGGCCAGACAGCCUGGGCAUGAGUUUAGCCCACGCCCACCCCGCUGGGCACGUUACACCCCCACCCAGCGGCAGGGGGGGCUCAUUAUUUAUUUUUGUUGGUGUCAGAGUUAGCGAGUGAGGCAGGGAGGGGCCAGGCCCAGAGGAGGCGGGGCCUGGUGGGGGAGGGGCCGGAAGGAUUCAU